CUAAGCCAAGUUACCAUUUUUGCGUUCAUAUAUCAUGAGGCUGAUAUUUUUAUGCCCAGGAAAGUCGAGACAAUUUCCAAACCGGAAAUUGCCUAGACCGGCACCGAGAAUCGAACCCAACCAUUCUCAGCAUGGUCUUGCUUUAUAGCCGCGCAUCUUACCGCUAGACUAAGGAGGGCACCCAGGUGCACAUAACAGCGAUGUGCAAAUGCAUGAUCGUUGUUUAUAUUUACUUAUCAUCGGAAAGGUAGAUCAAGCAUGAAUUGAAAUCGUCGAAUGGUAUAAAGGUAAUAUUUAGUUAUUCUUCAUUGAACAGAGUCUUGAAUCAUUUGGUCCCUGUAGUUGACAAAAUGAAUAAACGAUUUUUGUUCAUACUUAUUGCAGUAGUUAUUUGUCUUACAAAUUUCUUUCAACCUCCUCGUGUUUGGGCAGCAAACGAUGGAAAGUUUCUUGAAAAACAAAAAUUCUUUUUUGAAAUUUUAAGAAACAUAUAUCAACCUCUAGAGUUCGAGCAGUACCAGCCCUAUACAAAGAAUUGGAUUGAAGAUGCAUCGAAAUAUAAGAAUUUCAGUUCGGUUUCAGUAUUUUUCGAUUCAUUCAAAGAAGGCUUCCUGGCGAAAGGGGAAAUUUUUACAAUAUAUAACUACUGGUAUCUCAAACAAACUCGUAUGCUGUUCGAUUUUUUCUACAAUUCAAUCGAUUGGGAUUCCUACUACAAGAAUGUCGUCUGGGCUCGCGCUAAUAUAAACGAAGGCAUGUUCAUUUUUGCCCUAACACUUUCGGUACUACAUCGACAGGAUCUACAAGGCAUAGAGUUGCCUGCAAUCUACGAACUGGAGCCAUACCAUUUCUUUAACGGUGAUUUGAUGCAUGACGCUAUGAUGCGUCGAAUGUCCGAUGAGGAAUAUGGAUUUCACAAGAGCAACGAUCGUGACGCCGCAACCAAUAACUACACUUCAAAAUUCGCUUCCAACUAUUAUGGAGAGGGCAAACUGGCAUACUUCACCGAAGAUAUCGGUUUGAAUGCGUAUUACUAUUAUUAUAUGCUUGAGUACCCGUAUUUCUUAGGAGGUGAUGAGUUUGGGUUGAACAAAGAUCGUCGUGGUGAGCUGUUUCUUUACAUGCUUCAACAACUACUUGCACGUUACUACUUAGAAAGACAAUCCAAUGCACUCGGAGAUAUUGGUAAACUGUCCUGGGAGUUUCCAUUAAAGACAGGAUAUUAUCCUAUGGUACGUUAUUGGAACGGUAUACCGUUCCGCUCGAGAGAGAAUAAUUUCAAUAUGAGAGAAUAUGAUUCAUUGAAGCUGCAGUUGAUGAGAGAUCAUGAACUUCGAAUUCGACGUCUCAUCGAUGCUGGAUUCUAUAAUCUUUCCAAUGGGACCAAAAUCAAUUUACGCCAGUUUGAGGCGAUCGACAUUAUAGGAAAUAUGGUUAAUGGAAACGAUGAUAGUUUAGAUUUGGAUUACUUCAAGCCGGUCGACGUAUACGCCCGUAUGAUCCUAGCACAAGGUGACUACUUCGGUUCACCCGAAGAUUUGUGGCCAGGACCUCUGAUGCACUAUGAGACUUCAAUGCGUGAUCCAAUCUAUUAUCAAUACCUUGAAAGGUUGCUUGAAUUUUAUUGGCAGUUCAAGAGCUAUCUUCCACCAUAUUCUGCUGAUGAAAUAAAUUACAAAGGAGUGCAAAUUACAAGCGUCACAAUAGACAAAUUGAUUACGUAUUUUGAAAACUUCGAAGCUGACAUCAGUAAUGGGUUACCAUUCAACGCAAAACAAAAAAGCACAUGGGAUUAUUCUAUAUUUGCAAGACAAAAACGUUUAAAUCAUAAACCAUUCAGUUACACAAUGACUGUAUCGUCAGAAAUUUCCGGUAAAGGUAUGCUUCGUAUGUACAUGGGCCCAAAAUUUCAAAACUACAAGCAGCUUCAGACGUUAAAGAAAUAUUACGUGGAAAUGGAUCAAUUUCUUAUAGAGCUGGAAGUGGGUCAAAACAUUAUAAAGCGCUCUACUAAGGAAUUCUACUAUAAUGUUAGAGAUCGAACAACAUACACUGAACUAUACAAGCAAGUCAUUCAAGGCAUCAAGGAGGAUAAGCCAUUUAUUCUAAAUAUGUCUGAGGCACACUGUGGAUGGCCAGACCGCCUGCUGUUGCCUAGGGGCCUUACAAAUGGAUACGACAUCAUGUUCUUCUUCAUAAUAAGUCCGUACGUUCCACCAAAGGUACCACAAUACUCCACUUAUACAGCAGGUUGUGGUGUGGGCUCUGGGUCCAAAUAUGGCGAUGGCUUACCUUUCGGGUUCCCCUUUGAUCGAGAGUUGAUCAUAAGCCAAUUCAACAGCAAAAACAUAUUUUUCAAAAAUGUUACGAUCUAUCAUUUCGACAGUCAUGAGAAUAAUUAGACAUAAUAAUAUAA